AUGGGCUUGCAGACCACCUACGCUGCUCGGUGCAGCAGAUUGACCUUGCAUAAUGCGUGGCUCAGAAAGACGCCGGCUACCACGAACGCCCGCCUCCAUGCCUUCCGGGAUGUGUAUACUACCUUGAUAACGGAUAGCCUUAUAACAAAGGCCCCAUCGACAGAUGUGGAGCAAAAAAUUAAGGCUAUCGAAGGCAUCUUCAACACCCAAGUGGUGAGGAAGUGGACGGUUCAGAUCGGACAGAAUGCGCUGAGGAUGCGCAACAUAUAUACAGCAAGAUGGUCGAUAGGAAUGAGGAAGCUGACUAAACACGUGAGCGGGGGUUUUGGCAGAGGGACUAUCGAGGAGGAGCUGAUUAAGGAUGAGGACAACAGUGAGGGGGAGGAGGAUGCAAUGGAGAAUAUGGAUCUGCAGAACAGUAGUAAGGAGGUCGUGGAACUGGGUUGGUCGAGUGGGUAG